UUAAUUUCCAAUUGUUAGUAAUCUACCAUACAUAUCACACAACACACAAGCUCAAUUAACUUAAUUUCCAAUUGUUACUCUAUACAUAUAUAUGUCACACAAGCUCAACCAACUUAAUUACCAAUGGUUUGGUUACUAUAUAUAUCACACGGUGUAGGGUAUUAGGGUUACGAGUUACAACCUCUCAUCCAGGGAAAACAAUAAGUAAAACAAAUUUGUUUGCAUAAAAAUUGCUUUUGGCGAAAUCUUCCUCCUAAAGAAAAAAUGAGUACAACAAAUAAACGUGAUCAGUUUCCAGGGAAAAUAACCCCAUACGUUGUAACUUGUUGGUUACUAGCAGCUUGUGGAGGCCUCAUGUUUGGUUAUGAUAUUGGCAUUUCAGGUGGAGUGACAGGAAUGGAUGAUUUCUUGAAAGAAUUCUUCCCAAAAGUGUACCAAAGAAAGCAACAUGCUCAUGAAAACAACUACUGUAAAUUUGAUAAUCAGUAUCUUCAGUUAUUCACAUCAUCUUUGUAUUUAUCAGCACUUGUUUCAAGUUUUCUGGCAUCAAAAGUUUGCUCACUUAAAGGUAGAAAGCCUACCAUUUUGAUUUCUGCUGUGUUUUUCUUGGUGGGUUCUGCAUUUAGUGCACUAUCUCAGCGUCUUUGGAUGGUCAUCAUUGGCCGGGUUUUCAUGGGCGUUGGUGUCGGUUUUGGUAAUGAGGCAGUGCCGUUGUUUUUAUCCGAAAUAGCACCAAUGCAACACAGAGGAGCAGUAAACAUUCUCUUCCAACUUCUAGUCACAGUUGGUAUACUUAUUGCUAACCUUGUUAACUUUGCAACCUUAAGAUUACACCCUAUAGGAUGGAGAAUAUCCCUUGGAUUAGCAGUAAUUCCCGCUAUUCUGCUGCUAAUUGGAGGGAUCAUCAUCACUGAAACUCCUACGAGCUUAAUCGAGAGAGACCGGGUUGAUGAAGGCCGGAAAGUGCUAAGGAAAAUAAGGGGGGUCGACGAAGUUGAGGCCGAGCUUGAACAGAUAAGGGAGGCAUGUGAUCAGGCUAAGUUAGUGAAGCACCCUUACAAGGAGUUAAGGAAGAAGCAGAGUGUACCGCCUCUUGUUAUUGGGAUUCUGAUGCAAGUUUUUCAACAAAUGACUGGGAUUAAUGCAGUUAUGUUUUAUGCUCCUAUUUUGUUUCAAACUGUUGGGUUUAAGAGUAAUGGAUCACUUCUUUCUGCUGUGAUUAUUGGCCUUGUUAAUGUGUUUAGUACCUUGGUUUCGGUUUAUGGAGUCGACAAGUUUGGAAGAAGGAUAUUGCUACUUCAAGCUUGUGUUCAAAUGUUUGUUAGUCAGACUGCAAUCGGAAUAAUACUGAUACUGAAGUUAACAGACACCAAUACAUUGCCAAAGGGAGCAGCAGUUCUAGUAGUAAUACUAACAUGCUUGUUUGUGAUGUCCUUUGCUUGGUCAUGGGGGCCUCUAGGGUGGCUUAUACCAAGUGAAACCUUCCCUAUUGAAACCAGAACAGCAGGGUUCGCGUUUGCUGUGAGUUCCAACAUGUUGUUCACCUUCCUAAUUGCUCAAGCCUUUUUAUCAAUGCUUUGUCACAUGAGAGCUUACAUCUUCCUCUUCUUCUCCGGGUGGAUUGUUGUCAUGGGCUUCUUCGUCGUGUUCCUAUUGCCUGAGACUAAAGGUGUCCCAAUCGAUGCUGUUGCUGAUCGAGUUUGGAAGAAGCAUCCUGUGUGGAAGAGAUUCAUGGAUGAAGAUCCUAAGCAAGACAAUGAAGCUUAAAAUAGUUUGAUUCCUUAUGGGAGUUAUGUACAAAUUUUUCACAUUGCAGCUAAAAAUACAUCAUUUUUUUUUCUUGGAAUUGAAAGACUGCUAAAAUUUUGUACUUAAAGUGCCUUUCUUUGUGCUAUGCUGAGCCUAUC